AUGUCCACAAGGGAAUGUGCAGUGAUCAUUGAGAAACCCGUGUCCAAUAUAAGCCAUGGCAGUUUUCUUUUCACUGCCUAUGGGUCCCCAAAUCCAACACAAUAUGGGAUAUUUUUUAUCACGCUGUUUCUUUACAUUACUACAAUUUUGUCUAAUUUUGCCAUAAUGCUGGUGAUCUACUGUGAUUCAAGUCUGCACAAACCUAUGUACAUAUUUCUGUUUAACUUGGCUAUUAACGGAGUGUUGGGCAGCACAGCCGUGUGUCCAAAAAUCAUGUCUCAUCUUCUGAACGACAGUGUCUUUGUAUCUAUUGAGGACUGCUUGACUCAGAUUCUUUCCAUCAAUAUUUAUGCCAGUUGUGCCUAUGCCAUUUUUGCAGGGAUGGCUUAUGAUCGCUAUGUGUGUAUCUGUAAACCACUGCAAUACCACAGUAUCAUGACUCCCCAGCGUGUGCAAGUGCUUCUAGCGUCAAUCUACAUCCUUCCCAUCUCCCUCUUGUCUGUGCAGUUAUACCUGGCUGCUCGCCUUCCUCUGUGCGGCCACGUCAUCAAUAAGCUGUUUUGUGAUAACCUGGCUAUUCUCCAGUUAGCCUGUGUAAACGAUGCCAUUGCGAAUUUGUAUGGCGUUUGCGUAGUGUUAGUGCUUGUCGUUCUCCCUCUGUUUUUAGUCAUUCUGUCCUAUGUUAAGAUAUUAAACGUGAGUCUUAAGGCGUCUGUGAGUGCGCAAAGGAAAGCGUUGCAGACCUGUGCCCCUCAUCUGAUCGCCUUCCUCAAUUUCUCAGUGGCCAUUCUGUUCUCUGUGAUCUACAACAGAUUGAGUUAUUACAUGCCGCGGGAGAUUAACAUACUGAUCUCGUUAGACUUCAUCUUGCUGCCCCCUCUUUUUCAUCCACUGAUUUAUGGCUUCAAAACGAAGGACAUUAGGAAAAGCAUACAGAAGUUUCUCAGAGGAAGAGUGUCGAUCAACUCUGAGAUUGGAAAAGCAGAGAACGCGCAGCACACAUCAGUGACAUAG